AGAACUCGAACUUUGCUAUAUUAGGCUGUCACCAUUCAAUUUAAUGUCUUUUCAUUUAAAAAAUCUGAAAUUGAGUAGUUUUUGAACAUUUUUUGCCAUAUAUAUGCAUAUUGAUUUUUUGGUAGCUUUUCAAGUUGAAGUGUCCUAAUUUUUGUGAUUUAUGUAUAUGUAAUAAGUUUGUGUUAUUCUUCUCUUUCAAGCCAAAUAUAUGUUCAUUAUGGCAUGGUGACUGUUACUGAGCACACAGAAGCAGAAGUUGUGUUCAUUGAUGUAUUGUAAACUCAUUUAGUGGCCCUCACCUUCCCUAAGGAUUAAUUUGUUAGCUUUUUCAAAUGAGAUUGCGGAAUGAGAGAGAUCAUAGUACAGGGAAGGCUUGAAGUCUAACUUCCUUCCCAGUCCAUUUCUUCGGAUGGUAGACUAUAUUUCUCAAUUAGUAGCUUGAUUUAUCAAAUAGUUAUUGGUAUGUUUGUAAUUUUUACUGUUAUAUCCUAUCCUAUUCUAUCAUACCUCACUUCAGACUAGUAGCUACUUAAUUUUGCUUGUCUUAAAUAUGAUUUGCCGUCAAAUUAUCUUGUCCUUUAAGCAUCAAAUAUACUAGCCUUUAAAAAUAAAUGACUGAAACAGAAGACAGUUCCAGGUUUUUUAGGUUUUUUAACUACUUAAUGACUUUCUGUGAGAAUUUCCUUAACUUUUAUUGUUGUUGUUGUUGUUGUGUGUGUGUGUGUGUGCUUAAUAGGUGGUUUUUGUCGGUGGUUCGGAAUGACUUUAGAGGUGGGAAAAUCAACCUUGAAAAAACUCAGAAAUUGCUUGAAAAAUUACAUGUACAGUGCAGUAGUAUUCACAUAAAAUGUAUUUUUAAGGAUAAUGACAGACUGAAGCAAGGAAAAAUAACCAUAGAAGAAUUUAGAACAAUUUAUCGAAUUCUUGUAUACAGAGAUGAAAUUAUUGAGAUUUUCAAUGCAUAUUCUGAAAAUCGGAAAUUUCUUAUUGAAAAAAAUCUGGACAGAUUUCUGAAACAAGAGCAGUUUGUAAUUAAUAGAACUACUGCUAAUGCUUCUAAAAUUAUUCAAAAAUAUGAACCAAUUGAAGAAGUUAAGGAAGCGAGCCAAAUGUCAUUAGAAGGCUUUAUAAGAUAUAUGGGUUCAGAUGAAUGUCUGCUAUUUAAUCAUGAGUGUGAACGAGUUUACCAAGAUAUGACACAUCCAUUAAAUGAUUAUUUUAUUUCAAGUUCUCAUAAUACAUACUUGGUAUCUGACCAGCUUCUGGGCCCAAGUGAUCUUUGGGGAUAUAUAAGUGCCCUUGUAAAAGGAUGUCGUUGUCUGGAAAUUGACUGCUGGGAUGGAUCACAAAAUGAACCUGUGGUUUACCAUGGCUAUACACUCACCAGCAAGCUCCGCUUUAAAACUGUUAUUCAAGCGAUAAGGAAAUACGCAUUCAUAGCAUCCGAAUACCCACUGGUGCUUUCUUUAGAAAAUCACUGUUCCCCUCCCCAACAAGAAGUGAUGGCAGACAAUUUACUGUCUACUUUUGGAGAAGCCUUGAUUUCUGACAUACUGGAUGGUUUUCCAGACAAACUACCUUCACCAGAGGCAUUAAAAUAUAAAAUAUUGGUUAAAAACAAGAAAAUAGGAACCUUAAAGAAAACUCAGGAAAGGAGAGAUUCUGAUAAGCAUGAUCAGGUAGAGGAAUAUGAAGAUGAGGAGGAGGAGGAGGAGGAUGAGGAGGAGGAGGAGGAAGAGGAGGAAGAGGACAAAGAUAAAGGAUCAGAAAUGCUGGAUAUUUCAAAAGACAAUGAAGAAGAGGGGAUGGUAUCAACAUCUAGCUUAAGGCGACCAUCUCUUUUUAAAAGAAAGAGGGACACAGUAGCUCUGGCCCUUUCUGAUCUUGUCAUUUAUACUAAAGCUGAGAAAUUCAAAAGCUUUCAACAUUCACAAAUGUACCAACAAUUUAAUGAAGCUAAUUCCAUUGGGGAGAAACAAGCCCGAAAACUUUCCAAGCUGAAAGCCCAGGAAUUUAUACUUCAUACCAAGAAAUUCAUAACCAGAAUCUAUCCCAAAGCAACAAGAGCAGACUCCUCUAAUUUUAAUCCUCAGGAAUUUUGGAACAUGGGUUGUCAAAUGGUUGCCUUAAAUUUCCAGACCCCUGGUCUACCUAUGGACCUUCAGAAUGGGAAAUUUUUGGAUAACGGUAGUUCUGGCUAUCUUUUGAAGCCACAUUUCCUAAGAGAUAAAAAUUCAAAAUUUGAUCCAAAUAUAAUACCAAAAGACAGUAGUCCAUUUACACUUACUAUAAGGCUUAUCAGUGGUAUCCAGUUACCUCCCAGUUAUCACUCAUCAACUAACAAAGCUGAUGCACUGGUAGUUGUAGAAAUUUUUGGAGUUCCAAAUGACCAAGUGAAGCAGCAGACUCGUGUAAUUAAAAAAAACGCUUUUUCUCCAAAAUGGAAUGAAACAUUCACAUUUAUUAUUGAGGUUCCAGAAUUGGCAUUGAUACGUUUUGUUGUUGAAAAUCAAGGUUUUAUAUCUGGGAAUGAAUUUCUUGGGCAGUAUACUUUACCAGUUCUGUGCAUGAACAAAGGUUAUCGUCGUGUUCCCCUGUUUUCCAAAAUGGGUGAGAGCCUUGAGCCUGCUUCACUGUUUGUUUAUGUUUGGUAUGUCAGAUAGCAACUAAAACAAACCAACUUAAUAAAAAUAGUAAAAAGA